GGAAAAGCCGAAAAGGACUGCUGGCUGGGAAUUACCUGCAACACUUUACCUAUAUCACCUUGUCGUGGCACAUGGGAUUUAGGAUAUAUUUUCUGAUAUCAUUGAUGGAAACCAAGUGAAGAGCAAAAGUCCAACAGCACAUUCACCACAUGCUGAAAGACAGAAAGAUAACUCUGUUGUGAGGAUCCCAGUGAGUGUCACAGGUAACUGAAGGAUGUUAUUGCAGAAAUGACAAAGGAAAAUGCUUCUGUGUUGUAACUUGUUCCGUCAGGCUCCCAUAAGCUGCUGUUCUCACGUUUACCUCCCUGGGCUGGGUUUCUGAAGACAAUUGUUUUAUGCUACUGAGUAGAAAGCACUGAGAGGAAAGGCAGCUUAAGAAAAAGUGGUACUUUUAAGUUAACUAUUAACCAGAUUCAAACAAGCUCCAGCACAUGUCAAGUGAGGGUAACUAGUUGGGCUGGUGAACAAGGAGGAACUCCAGAGUGAAGAAUAGGCAUGGGGAUACUCUAUUCAGAGCCCAUCUGUCAGGCAGCUUAUAACAACGAUUUCAAUAAAGUUCAUCUGCUUUUGGAGCACAACAGCAACUAUCUGAAUGUCCAGGACAGCUUCGGUGGAGACACCCCCUUAAUUUGUGCAUGCAGACAAGGAAACAACAGGAUAGUUAACUAUCUUCUUAGAAAACAUGCUGAUGUCAACCUCAGAAAUAAGAAGGACCGCACUUGCCUCCAUUAUGCUGUGAGAAAACGGUUCACCUUCCUGGACUAUGUGCUCAUCAUAAUCCUCAUGCCAGUUAUGCUUAUUGGAUACCUUCUCAUGGUCUCAAAGACAAAACAGAAUGAACACCUGGUCAAGAUGUUGCUUAGAGCUGGAGUCGAUGUGAAUGCUACAGACUCUUCUGGCAGCACAGCCCUUCACUAUGCUUGUGAAAUGAAAAACCAGGCAGUCAUUCCUCUACUGCUUGAGGCUCAUGCAGACACUUCUGUAAAGAAUCAGGAUGGGGAAACUCCCUUGGAUAUAGCAAGAAGAUUACAGUUCCACAACAUUGAAAGCAUGAUAAGAAAAAAUUCUUAGCCAUCAAGGACUCUCAAACAUGAAGAAAAUUACCUCAUCUGACAAUCCACCUUUCACAACAGCAGAAGUCCUGCAAAGGAUGAGGGCUGAUACUUGAUAAAGACCCAGUCCAUAUCCACCCAUUCCCUGCUGCAGACUUGGACAAUUUUCUGUGAGAUUUGUCAGUACCCCAAGGCCAUGACUGGGCUGAAAGAAGUUAAUUUUAUUUUGUAAGCCAUGAAUUACUACAAGAGUGUCCAAAAUAUUGUCCUUCCCAUCUGUUUCAUCAAUUUUAUUACUUGACUUCUGCAGACUGUGGAUUUUGAAAGCUAGCUAUAAAAUAUCUAGAAGCCUAAACAUUGCAUAUGAUGGUUGGCAGCCAAUGCAAAAAUAAAAUAUCCUUUAGAGUGUGUGUUACUUGUUCCAUAGGGGAACUAAACAAUAUGCUACAGCGGUUAUAAAAAGGCUGGUACCCUUCUUCUUAGUAUUUCUCUUCCUACAAUGGGAGGGGCUGGGAAAAUAGAUCUCUCAGUUGAGCCCCUCCUCUUUCCAUCCUACAAGGGUAGAACUAUAUUUUGGGUUUUUUUUUGGUUUUUUUUGGUUUUUUUGUUUGUUUGUUUGUUUUGUUUUGUUUCCCAUCUAGAAACAGCAAAAAGAGAUUCAAUGCCUUGCUGGAGACCAUAAAGUAAGUCAAUUUCCAGACCACUUUAAUGCAUUAAAAAAUAGUAAAGAAAAUGUGUUUGGCUCAGUAGAGAAACAGGUCUCUUGACUACUUUUCCAAUAUAAACAGUGUACUAAAGGAAAAAAAGAGUCAAUAAAUGAAAUGCUGUUGAUGGAAA